AUGACCAAGCUCGACGACAGAGGGAUCAUUUCUGUUGCAGAAAUCAUCGUUUACAGCCCCAUCCUUGUCUGGUCCAUCGCCCUCACCGUUCGCCACGGUUUCACCCGUCGCGCCGGCUGGGUUUUCCUCGUUCUUCUCGCCCUCAUCCGUAUCGUCGGGGGCAUCACCCACAUCGCAUCGGAGGUUAGCCCGACAAACACCACUCUUCAAAUCGUUUACAGCAUACUCGAGACGUCUGGUGUCUCCCCGCUUCUCUUGGCAACCCUAGGUUUCCUCCAGACAGUAUGCCAGAAUUCGCUUGACGAUCACCCCCUCAUCAAGCGGGGGCUCCGCCUCAUGGGCUUGCUAUGCACAGUGGCUCUCAUCCUCGCCAUCGUGGGCGGCGUGAAAGAGGGCGAGGCCACCACCGAAUCCACCCUCACCUCCGGCCAGAGCCUCCGCCACAUCGCCGUCAUCCUCUUCGGCAUCCUCUACGGCCUCAUCUUCUUUGUCCACGUCUUCUGUUGGUCGAACCGCGACACGAUCCUGCGCUACAGACGCACGCUGCUCGCCGGCAUCUCCGCCGCACUCCCCUUCCUCGCCAUCCGCGUCGCGUACACCGUCCUGUCCGGCUUCGCGCCGCUCAUGUACGAGAUCAACGCGGAGGGGAAGAUGACGCCGCUCACGAGCUCUUCCCCGCUCAAGAACUUCAACGCCAUCACCGGCCCGUGGGGCAUCUACCUCGCCAUGUCCGUCCUCCCCGAGUUCAUCUCCGUCGCCAUCUACAUGGGCGUCGGCACGCGCAUCCCGCUCCACCAGGACACGGACUACGCGCGCGGCGGGAACGGCGACGCGUGGGAGAACGACGAGGAGCUCGCCCGGCUCAAGCCCGUCAACUACGGUGGCGAGUACGCGCGCUGA